AUGACCAAAGUUGAUCAGAAAGUCGCGCUGAUCGUGAUCGAUGGCUGGGGAGUUCCGGGCCCCAACUCUCCUUCCAACGGCGAUGCAAUCGCAGCAGCCGAAACCCCGGUGAUGUCUUCGUUCGCCGACCCCAAAGCUGGAACCGCUCAGGGAUACACUGAACUUGAGGCAUCCUCCCUCGCUGUCGGCCUUCCCGAGGGCUUGAUGGGAAACAGUGAGGUCGGCCAUCUGAACAUCGGGGCCGGCCGUGUCGUAUGGCAAGAUGUUGUCCGCAUUGACCAGACGCUGAAAAAGGGGGAGUUGAACCAAAUCUCGAACAUUGUCGACUCUUUCAAACGAGCAAAGGAUGGGAAUGGCAGACUGCACCUCCUCGGUUUAGUAUCCGAUGGCGGUGUCCAUUCUCAUAUCAACCAUCUAUUUGGACUGUUGCAAGUCGCCAAGGAGUUGCAGGUUCCAAAGGUGUAUAUCCACUUCUUCGGGGACGGGAGAGACACAGAUCCUAAAAGCGGAGCUGGCCACAUGCAAGCCCUGUUGGACAAAAUGAAGGAACUCGGCGUCGGUGAGUUGGCUACCGUGGUUGGCCGGUACUUUGUCAUGGAUCGCGACAAGAGAUGGGAUCGCGUCGAGGUUGGCAUGAAAGGUAUUGUUCUAGGGGAAGGAGAGGCGAGCAGUGACCCAGUCAAAACAAUCAAAGAAAGGUAUGCCAAUGGUGAAACCGAUGAGUUCCUAAAGCCAAUUAUUGUUGGAGGCGACGAGAGAAGAGUAAAAGACAACGACACUCUUUUCUUCUUCAACUACCGCUCUGAUCGUGUGCGAGAGGUCACCCAGCUCUUGGGAGAUUAUGAUCGUUCCCCAAAGCCUGAUUUCCCCUAUCCCCAAAAUAUCUCCAUUACCACCAUGACUCAGUACAAAACGGACUACACUUUCCCGGUUGCAUUCCCUCCUCAGCAUAUGGGUAACGUCCUGGCUGAAUGGCUUAGUGUCAAGGGACUCAAGCAAUGUCACAUUGCCGAGACCGAAAAAUAUGCCCAUGUGACAUUCUUCUUCAACGGAGGCAUCGAGAAGCAGUUUGAUGGAGAAGUCCGCGACUUGAUACCAUCACCCAAGGUUGCAACUUAUGAUUUGGAUCCAAAAAUGAGCGCGGCCCCCGUAGGAGAGAAGAUGGCUGAGAGGAUCGCGGAGAAGAAAUAUGAUUUGGUGAUGAACAACUUUGCGCCGCCGGACAUGGUCGGCCAUACUGGCGUGUACGAGGCAGCUAUCCAAGGUGUUGCCGCAACAGACAAAGCCAUUGGAAGAAUCUUCGAAGCCUGCAAGGAGAAUGGGUACAUUCUUUUCAUCACAGCUGACCAUGGGAACGCCGAAGAGAUGAAAAACAGCGAUGGCUCUCCAAAAACAUCCCACACCACAAACAAGGUUCCUUUCGUCAUGGCCAAUGCUCCUGAGGGCUGGAGUCUGAAAGAAAGAGACGGCAUUUUGGGCGAUGUUGCACCAACCAUCCUAGACGUCAUGGGUAUCGAACAGCCCAAGGAAAUGAGCGGAAGUAGCUUGCUGAUCCGCAAGUAA